AUCAGAACAUUCCUCAAUUAAAAAUAGAAAGAAUUCCCUCCUCCUAAAAUUCCUAGAAUAAUUCCAAGCAUCAAACACACCCCUUACAAAAACUCACCUUCUUCCUCCGCUCAAUUGCCCAAACAAAUUUUGGACCAAGACAAAGCAAAGAUCAAUUUUUUUUCACAACCCCACAAUUUUAUUUCCAAAUUUAACCGUUGGGUUUUGUUCAAAAUUCAAAACUUUGAACAAAGAUUUAUCUUUUUUAUACUUUCAAGAACAAGCUGAGGAGUGAGAGAAAUUGCUGGUGCUGUUGUUGUUGUUUGUGAGAUGGUGAUGUCGGUAAUUGCGCCAAAAAGGUCGUCAUCAUUAAGCUCUGUAUUCUCAAGAGUUGGAGGUUACUACAGUAAAAAGAGGUGUUCUUCACAGUUUUACCCUUCUUCUUCAUCUGGAAUUUCAUCUUCUUCUUCUUCAAUGGUGAUUGACGAAAUGGAAGAUGAUGAAGAUGGUUCAACAAUGGAGAUGGUUCAACUUGGAGCUGACCGUACAAAAAACGUCUUGAUCUUGAUGAGUGAUACUGGUGGGGGCCACAGGGCUUCUGCUGAAGCUAUAAGGGAUGCUUUCAAUUUGGAGUUUGGUGAUGAAUAUAAUAUUAUAAUAAAGGAUGUAUGGAAAGAGUAUACUGGUUGGCCAUUGAAUGACAUGGAAAGACAGUACAAGUUCAUGGUGAAGCAUGUCCAGCUUUGGAGCCUUGCAUUUCACAGUACUUCACCUAAGUGGAUUCACUCUGUGUAUCUUGCUGCUAUCGCCGCCUUUUAUGCCAAGGAAGUGGAGGCUGGUUUGAUGGAAUACAAGCCGGAUAUAAUCAUUAGUGUUCAUCCUCUUAUGCAACAUAUUCCCUUGUGGGUUUUAAGAUGGCAAGGACUUCAGAAGAAAGUGAUAUUUGUAACUGUUAUCACUGAUCUCAACUCUUGUCAUCGAACUUGGUUUCAUCCUGCUGUCAAUCGUUGCUAUUGUCCCUCAGAAGAGGUUGCAAAGAGGGCUUCAUUAGAUGGUCUUGAAGACUCUCAAAUCCAAGUUUUUGGCUUGCCUGUUAGGCCUUCUUUUGCUCGUGCAGUUCUCUCAAAGGAUGACUUGAGAGUGGAGCUAGAGAUGGACCCGGAUUUGCCAGCAGUUUUGCUAAUGGGAGGUGGUGAAGGGAUGGGUCCUGUGCAGAAGACUGCCAAGGCUCUCGCAGAGUCCUUAUUUGAUAAAAAGCUUGAGAAACCCAUCGGUCAAUUGAUCAUUAUAUGUGGCCGCAAUAAAUCCCUAGCUUCUACCCUUGAAUCGAAGGAAUGGAAAAUACCGGUUAAGGUUCGAGGGUUUGAGAAACAGAUGGAGAAGUGGAUGGGAGCUUGUGAUUGCAUUAUUACAAAGGCAGGACCAGGGACAAUAGCAGAGGCGAUGAUCAGGGGUCUUCCAAUCAUCCUCAAUGACUAUAUUCCCGGACAAGAGAAAGGCAAUGUACCAUACGUGGUAGAAAAUGGUGCGGGUGUCUUCACACGCAGUCCUAAGGAAACAGCAAGAAUAGUCGCGGAAUGGUUCAGUACCAAGGGCGAUGAGCUAAGGAAGAUGUCGGAAAAUGCCCUCAAGUUGGCGAAACCAGAGGCCGUGUUUGAAAUUGUUAGGGAUCUUCAUGAACUAGCAGACCAAAGAGGGCCGCUAGCCAACUUACCUUACAUGCUAACUUCUUCAUUUACAAGUCUAAUUUAAUUUUCAGUUUAGUGUGUUUAUUAAUCAUUUAUUAUCAUCUAUUUAUUGGAUUAAAAAAGGUCCAAUUUUCCUGUUUAUUGUAGGAAGAAGUCCCUUGUAAAGUUUGUACAGCCUAGUGUUUUGGUUAAAUUUUAUUAUUUACAAAAAAUCAUCUGUCAAAAAAAAAAAAAAGAUGCCACGAAGAUUAGUUAGUCGGAAAUCCGUUUCCAAUUAAGGAUAAAAGUCUUUAUAUUUUGAUUAUGGUUGAGGAUUACAGGGUUUAAUUUUUUUUUUGUAGUUGUUGUUGUUGUACGAAAGAGGCGGGAGGGAAUUUGAACCUGCUACUUAUUGUAUUCAGGCCAUCGUAGGUUAUUUAAGCAGAAGGAUUGUGACAUGGCAGUUCUUUAAUUCUACUUUUCACAUUAUUUUAUUUUGAAUUUCCAGUAAAUUUGAAUUGAAUUAAAGCUUGGUUUGACAAUUGA